AUGACCAACAACACGGCUCACCCAGAGAUUUAUAUGACUCAUGAGGAAAAACAUGACCUAAAACAGAUUGAAACUAAGGACAAUGUCCAGUCAGCUCACGAUGCGAAGUUCGAGAAGCGCGUUCUUCGCAAGAUUGACACUCGACUCCUACCUAUCCUCGGAUGUCUUUACACAAUCGCUCUCGUCGAUCGCUCCAACGUCGCUGUCGCUCGCAUCUCUGGCAUGGACGAAGACCUCGACCUCGCCGUGGGUAACCGCGUGUCUAUCGUCUUGAUGGUCUUCUUCAUCGGAUACAUCCUUUUUGAGAUCCCCAGCAAUGCCUUCAUUCACAAUCUUGGUGCAGCGAACUGGCUGGCCUUUCUAGCCUUCGCCUGGGGCUUGGUGUCGCUUGGCAUCGGCUUUCUCAACAACUGGGCGGGACUUGCUGUGCUGAGAGCCCUUCUGGGUAUUUUCGAGGCUGGUUUCUUCCCAGGCUGUGUGUAUCUUGUAUCAUCCUGGUAUAAGCGCUAUGAGGUACAAAAGAGGAUGGCGGGCUUCUUCUUGACUGCUUCUGCGCUAUCCGCUUUCGCCAACAUCCUCGCAUAUGGCCUCAUUCAGAUCUCCAAGACACAUCAUUACAAAGGAUGGCGGUGGAUCUUCAUCGUUGAAGGUGCCAUCACAGUCGUCGCUGGCAUCGGCUCAUGGUUCAUCAUCGUCGACUUUCCCGACUCCGAUAAAAACACAUUCCUCACCCCCGAAGAACGCGCCUUCGUCAAAGAACGCCUAGCCCAAGAUCGUGGCCCCGAAGAACGAGAGAAAGUUACUUUGAAGAUCAUUGGGCAGACAGCUGCUGACUGGAAGCCCUGGGCAUAUUCGCUUAUGUACAUGGCCGGUGCCGUUGGAGUCUAUGCUUUUCUGUUCUUCCUACCUAUUAUCCUGCGAGGCGGCCUUGGGUACUCGCUUGAGCUUUCGUUUAUUUUAAGUACCCCUCCAGCACUGUUUGCUGUCGUUGAAGCAAUGAGCAUCUCGUGGCUUGCUGAUAAGACGAGACUGCGAGGUCCGUUCGUCAUCUUUCAAGGCCUGAUUGGCAUCAUUGGGCUAUGCAUGACUGGAUUUCUCGAUUCGCCAACACCUCGCUACAUCGGCACAUUUCUCGGUGUCGCUGGUGCUAACGGUCUGGUGGUGACGACCCUUGCAUGGCAGGCCAACAAUAUUGUAGGUGAUGCUAGACGUGCUGUAUCCACUGGCUUCCUUAUCAGCAUGAGUGGUGUUGGUGGGAUUUAUUCCAGCAUGGUGUUCCGUAAGUUGGUGACUCUUCGCAUGACAUAUCACAGCUAA